AGGUUUCCGAUUUGGAUCCAAUUGGUGUGUAACACGUGGAUUGUCAAGGUCAACGAGUCGAUCCAUAUGUAUGAAGUUUAUUGUUGUGGUGGUCAAAUAACGAUGUGUAAUAAGAAGUAGCACCUACCACCUAGAAAUCAAAUCAGUGAAACAGAUUGAAGAGUGUGUGAAAGAAAGUAACGAUGUCAGGUGCAGAGUGUUGUUCGAAUCCACCAACACUGAAUCCAAGUGCAGGAUCUGGUCACGUUGAUAAGCUUGCUUCUCUCAAUGCCUAUAUCACCGGUUCUCCUAAUUCCAACCUUGCAGUUCUUCUCGUCUCUGAUAUUUUUGGAUAUGAAGCGCCAAACUUAAGGAAGCUUGCAGACAAAAUUGCAGCUGCUGGGUAUUAUGUGGUUGUUCCCGACUUCUUUAAUGGUGACCCCUACAAUCCUGAGAACCCUGAUAGGCCCUUGCUUGUUUGGUUAAAAGAUCAUGGAGCGGACAAAGGCUUUGAAGAUGCAAAAUCCAUAAUUGAGGCCAUUAAAAGUAAAGGUGUUUCAUCUGUUGGGGCUGCUGGCUUUUGUUGGGGUGCUAAGGUUGUUGUUGGACUCGCAAAGUCUAGACUUAUCCCAGCUGCUGUGCUAUUGCAUCCAUCAUUUGUCACUGUGGACGACAUAAAAAGUGUUGACAUUCCAAUUUCUAUACUUGGAGCUGAGAUUGACCAAAUUUCUCCUCCAGAGCUUGUCAAACAGUUUGAAGAAGUCCUAUCUGCUAAAUCUGUGGCCAGUUUUGUGAAAAUAUUUCCUAAAGCACAUGGUUGGACUGUGAGAUACAAUCCGGAUGAUGCAGAAGCUGUGAAGGCUGCAGAGGAGGCACAUAAGGACUUGUUGGACUGGUUUGCUAAACAUCUCAAGUGAGAAAUCUUUGUCAGUUGAUAUCUUCUGUAUCUACAUCUACUUGAAUUGCAGCUUGCAACAUGCCACUCAUUCCUCCACGUAGCUGCAGUUUACAACAAAAUAAAUGGUGUAUUGCUUUGUGUCAAACACAGAUCAUAGAUAGAUUCAGUGUAUGUGUAAUAAUAUAAAGUUGCUUCCGGUGAACAGUUACGAUUUGCGAUUUUAAGACAUCAUAUUUUAAGUCUUUUAUUUGAAAUAUCUGGUUCUAAUUGUCCUA